AUGAGUAUCGGCGGCAGCGACCUCGACAAAGCUAUCGCACAGCUUCGCGCCUGUCGUCCGAUACCCGAGAACCAAGUCCGCGAACUCUGCUACAAGGCGCGCGAGCUACUCAUAGAAGAGGGGAAUGUGGUGGGGGUGAAUGCGCCGGUGACGAUAUGCGGCGACAUACACGGCCAGUUCCAUGAUCUCAUGGAGUUGUUUCGUGUUGGCGGCGAUGUACCAGAUACGAAUUACCUGUUCAUGGGCGACUUUGUGGACCGUGGGUUCUAUAGUCUAGAGUCCUUCCUCCUCCUUCUCUGCCUGAAAGUUCGAUACCCAGACCGCCUAACCCUCAUCCGAGGCAAUCAUGAGUCUCGACAGAUAACAACAGUAUAUGGGUUUUACGAUGAGUGCCUUAGGAAGUACGGUAGUGCAAACGUCUGGAGAUACUGCUGCGAUGUUUUCGACUACCUCGCCCUGGGCGCCCUCGUCACGGGCGCCUCGACCUCCUUAACGCCGACCGACGGCCCCCUCUCCGACACUCUCAACGCCGACACCCUCCCCGACCCGGACGCUGAGCUCGAAAUCGAAACCCUCAGCUCCACCGGCGAAAUCAUGUACCGCUACGCCCGCAACUCCUCGCCCCAAGCAUCCUCCCAACCCACCUCUAACCCUCCCUCCUCCCCCAACGCCUCCACAACGCCCUCCCGCGUCGGCGCCGCAGGCACAGGCGCCACCAGCUCCGCAAACGGCUCCACACACAACGAAGGCGGCGCCGUCCUCUGCGUCCACGGCGGCCUCUCCCCGCUAAUAGACAAAAUCGACAAAAUCCGCCUGCUCGACCGCAAACAAGAGGUCCCCCACGAAGGCGCCAUGUGCGACCUCCUCUGGUCCGACCCGGACGAAAUCGACGGCUGGGGCCUCUCUCCGCGGGGCGCUGGAUUCCUCUUCGGCGCCGACAUCGUCAAGCAUUUCAAUCAUCAGAACGACCUCAGCCUCAUUGCUCGGGCGCACCAGCUCGUUAUGGAGGGGUUCAAAGAGAUGUUUGAUAAUACCAUUGUGACGGUUUGGUCGGCGCCGAAUUACUGCUACCGGUGCGGGAAUGUCGCUGCGAUUUUGGAGCUGGAUGAAGAUGGCUCCAAUGAGGGGUAUGUGAGGAGGAGUAAUGGGGAUGCGGGGAGGUUGAAGGCGCCGUUGGUGCAGAAGAGGUUGGAGGGUCCCGGGAGGAGGUAUCGCGUGUUCGAGGCGGCGCCACAGGAUAGCAGGGGGAUGCCGGCGAAGAAACCUGUGGCGGAUUAUUUCUUAUGA